CAUUAGAAACUGUUGUUAGUUAACUUAAUUGUUGCCAAUUGAUCACAUUUCAUUUCAUUUAUAUAAAUGAACAUCACUCUAAAUAGAGUUAAUUGUUAACUAGUCUUGUAAUUGAACAACUUUAGCCCUGGUUGUAACUUGAAUCUAACAAAUAUAACAGUUGAUCAACUCAUUUUCCCAUCUAAAGUUAAUUGUUCAACCUUAAUUGUUGUAUCUCAGCAGUGUAUGUGUGUUAAUUAACAAUGUCUUCCUCACCUUCUCUAUCCAAUCAAGGAACCAACAAGAUUGGCUUUGGCUGUUAUGGAGUAACAGAGUCUCAAGCUAAUGAAUGGAUUCGUGAAGCAAUUAUCACUGGUUAUCGCCAUUUUGAUUGUGCCUUUCUCUAUCAGAAUGAAUCUGCCAUUGGUAAAGGAUUAAGAAAAUGUAUUAAUCAAGGAUUAAUUAGAAGAGAAGAAAUUUUCAUCACUUCUAAAUUACCAAUGAACGGAAUGGAUCCAACAAGAGUUAACUACUUUCUAACCAAGACAUUGGAAAAUCUUGAUUGUGAUUAUUUAGAUUUAUAUUUAAUCCAUGCUCCAUUCUGUGUAAAGUACAUCACCGAUAAUCAAUUUUAUCCUGUUAAUCCUGAAUCAGGGAGACUUGAUAUUGAUCAUACUACGAAUUUGAAUGAAACUUGGAAGAGUAUGGAACAGGUAGUCGAUUCUGGGUUAGUACGAUCAAUUGGAUUAUCUAAUUUCAAUGAGAAUCAAAUGAUUGACCUGAUGGCCUCGUGUGAGAUUAAACCUUCAAUCGUUCAGAAUGAGACUCAUGUUUAUUUUCAGCAAAAAUCUUUACGAAAUUUUUGCCAUCAAAAUGAUAUAAUCUAUCAAUCAUUUGCACCUUUGGGCUCAGCUAAAAGUGCAGCAAUUAAUGGCCAUGAUUUAGUGAUCGAAGAUGCAACAAUUAACCAACUUGCUGUUAAGUAUCAAGUCUCUAAUAGUCAAAUUUGUCUCCGUUGGCAUCAACAAUCAAAUAUCACACCGAUUGUUGGCUUUGAUAGUUUGCAACAUAUUCGAGAAAAUAUUAAGCUUAAUCAUUUCACCUUAUCGACUGAUGAUUUAGCAAUUAUCUCGCAAUUGGAUAGAAAUGAACGAAUCUUUUACUUUGAUAAAGUUCCAGGAACUCGAUCACAUCGUUAUUACCCGUUUUAACUUGGAUCAAGAAAUUGCUGCUAAUUGUUUGUUAAAUUGUUCUUAUUUUAAUAUGUUGAUAAAUAUCAAGUUCUUAUUACAUCGAAUAGGAUUGAUUAUUAAUCGAGAAAA